AUGUUAAUCGAUUAUUUUUUAGUUAUAGGAUUAUAAACAAAAUCAAAUGAAAUAUCGUUAACUAAUAUACUCAACAAGAAACAGGAGCCAGAAAUGAUCAUCAUGCAUCCCAUGGAUUAGCCUGCUCCAGAUUACAUUGAGAAUAUCAAAAUGUGGUGUUUCCCCAAUGGAGUGCAAUAUUACAACCAAGAUUUAAAAAGAAUAGAUUUGGAUAAUAAAUCAGAAUAAACAAUAACCGAAGACAUUCGAAGUUAAGAUCAAUUGAGUCACUUUGUGCUCACUGAUGAAAAGGGGCAAUAGAAGUUCUGCACAUCCCUACUCUACUAUUCUAAGGAAAAAGUGUAUGUGAAGAACAAACACAAACAUUAUUAGAAGCUAUCCAAAACAUUCCCCAAAAUAGCAAUCAAGCAAAUCAUCAAGAAUCCCUUGAUUUUGGAUGAAGACACGCAAUUGAUAUAUGCUCCUAAAACAAUUACUCUGGUCUCUCAUUCUCCCUCAUUCGAUUUGCAAAGACAAUUUCUUGUUUUCUUCUACAAUAGCUAUAUCAUUGAUCGUGGAUUGAAUUCCAUAGGCUUAUGUGAAGAUCAUCUUAAACAGUUUGAGCGAUUAGUGCUCACUCAUGGCUUAAAUGGUGCUGAAUAAGAAUGGAAUUAACAGGAAGUAUUACAUCUGAAAUAACUUGAAUAAGAUUAUAUCAUGGAUAAAGACAUCUUAGAAUUUUAUAUUAGCGUUUUAUUCACUCUCAACAAGAAAACCCUAUUAACAGAUGAAGAUCAAAAUCAUGAAAUUAGAAUUACUAAAUGCGAAGUUCACAAUGAAAUUCUCAGAUUCAGAACCAACGAUUAAGAAAUCCUAUCUUUGACUAAUUUCACUUUUCGCCCUCUUUUCAGUAGACUCUCCCUUGUCAAUAUUAUGAGAAUAGUAAUGUGUAUCAUCUCAGAAAAACAAAUGGUCUUUUUCUCUACUAAUAUAAGUGAAAUUCCAUAAAUAACCGAAGGCUUGCUCUCUUUGAUCAAACCACUCAAAUGGUCCAAUAUAUACAUCCCUUGCUCAAAUAUUGAUAUAUGGGAGUAUGCCUAAGCCUUGUAGCCUUAUAUCAUAGGUUUUGAAAAAAAACAUAAAUAAUUUUUACUCACCUAGUUAUAAGGAAAAGUUAUUGUUGAUCUUGAUGAAGAUUCAAUUAUUGACAACAGCCAUACUAUUGAUGAUUUAAAAAUACCAGAGAAAUGGUUAAUUGAACUUAAAAACAAAUUGAAUCAAAUUACUACUUAAUUAAAAUACUCACCAAAAUAAAAAAUUUAUUAAUGGAUGGAGGCCAUUCUAAAGACCAAGAAAGCAUUUUUUAACUUUAUAUUAUAAAUUGUGCAAAAUGUUCUACCUUUUAUAAAGUCCUUGAAUGAUAGAGAACCCUAAUAAUUUACUCAAACUCUAAAAUAAUGUUUUGACUUAUAAGGGUAUAUUAAGAACCAUCCUGAAUAAGAGUUUAUUUCAGUAAUUGCAAAGAAUACAAUGACUUUCAGCACAUUUAUCGAAUAGGUUGACGAUUAUUACUCUUUAAGUAAAUAAGUUGAUCCCAUGAUUGUAUCUUAUGUAGAAUACAUGAAAGUUUAAGGGCAAAAAAAUGAAUUAGAUUUUCAUAAAUUGAUUAAUUCAUGUUUGGAUAAAGAAAUUGAGAAAAAUCUAAAAAACUUUUCCAAUCCAGCCACCAUUGAUUUAUACCCUUGGAUGAUAAAGUAUCGGAAAUUUCAGGAAUUAUUCAAAGAAAAGCACAGUGAGUAAGUAGAAUAGAAGGAAAAUCAAUAGAUAGUAUUGCAUUUUUAUGAUGAAGAAUCAAGAAUGAAAACUAGACAACUGCUGAAUUCUAAGGAAAAUAUUUUUUCAAAGUUCAAUCAAAAGAAGAUUAUUAACUUGAAGCAAAUUUUUACUCAUUAAAAUGUUUCAAAUCUGGUUUAAAAUUAUAAACUAAUCUCUAACUCUUUAAAAUAGCUAGUAAAAAAACCAUCAGAAAACUUUGAUUUAGAUCCAAUCCUUCAAAAACGCAAAACCUUACUACGUCGUCACUCUACUCUAAUGAAUGAAUAAUUGGAAGGAACCAAGGAAGAUAUCAUGAGGUUAGUAGAAUCACUAUAAAAGCAAGCAUGA